GGGCGGCCGGAGAUAGUAAUCGGAGGGCAGAUCUGGGGUAUAUAUGGUGAGGGGGAAAACGCAGCUCCGGCGGAUUGAGAAUGCGACGAGCAGGCAGGUGACAUUCUCGAAGAGGAGAAAUGGUCUGCUGAAGAAAGCGUUUGAGCUCUCUGUGCUGUGUGAUGCUGAAGUGGCACUCAUUGUCUUCUCUCCCAGAGGAAAGCUCUAUGAAUUUGCUAGCGCCAGCAUGAGAGAGACCAUAGCGCGAUAUCGCAGGUACACUGUGGAUCGUCAAGCUGAAAAUCCCUCAGUGGAACAGGAACCAGAUGAGGACAUGCUGCAUAUGCAGCAUAAAACUGAAUGCCUGGCCAAAAAACUAGAUGCCCUUGAAGCUUCAAAGCGGAAACUUCUGGGAGAAGAUCUGGGAUCAUGUCCCAUGGAGGAGCUACAACAGAUAGAGCAGCAGUUGGAGCGGAGUGUUAACAUCAUCCGAGCAAGAAAGGUAAAAGUCUACACAGAUCAGAUUGAGCGGCUAAAAGAAAAGGAAGAUGCACUAAAAGCUGAAAAUGCAAUGCUAUGGGAGAAGUUUAAGACACUGGAACCACAGCAAGUAUCAAAUGAAGGGAUGGAGAGGGACACCAUUUGCACGGAGGGCAGUGAAAAAUCAGACGUGGAGACUGAACUGUACAUUGGACUGCCAGAGAGUAGGGCGAAGCCUGCAACAGUGGUGUUCCAGUUCAGAUAAAUGUGAUCAGGGAAUUUUUAGUGAUGCAUGAUGUCCUUCACUCUAAGGGGAGCUAUACAUAUUUCUUCCUUCUUAUAUGCGCCCGCAUAUAUGGAGAUCUUCCUUGUUCAAAUUCCAUUUAAAAUUUACAAGCAAUCAAUAAAUUUAAACGCUUCUAAACCGAAAUGUGAGUGGUUCAUUUGCAAUACUGUAAGCUUGUCAGUACUCAAACAGUUUCAAUCUGAUGCUGUUGAUGUGCAUCUUUUAUGCUUCUGUUGUGGUUUUUAGAUGCUCUGAUAAAAGGUAAUAAAUUGGCUUGAAUUA